AAAAAAACUUUGUGAAUGUUUAGACAUAUACCUGCCCCUCUCAUAUUAGUUAAGCUUUUAAUUUGUCUCAUUCUUGGUUGAUGAAUACUUAAUUCUUACUUUUUGCACUUUCUAUUUAUAACUUUGGCCACUGUAUUAUGACUUAGAAACACUUAGUUAGCUUUGAUUUCUAUCUUUUGCAUGGUUGUUGAAGUAAGUACAUCUGUGAUGCUGAAAGUUUUCUUAAUGUUUUCUAGGAUGACAUUGUUCUUAAUUCUUUGUGCAGGCAUGCACUUAGACUCUGAUCUAGUGAUGUUAAGCUUGAAGGAAAUUGGAAAACUCAAGGCUGCCUCCAAGAGAAGAGGCAAAAUACUUGGUGUGCAAGCAAUCUCUCACGAGAGACUCUUACUUUUGUUUGCAUUUUGCAAGAGGUGUGUAGAUGUGACUGGAGCUUACAGUGCUCUAAAGACGGAGCUUAACAUAAGCUUGACAGCAAUAGGCCUUUUGUGGACUACAACUGGCUUUAUUGCAAAGAGGAUUACACAUGGACCUGUGGAAGAAAGGGAAACAGGUAUAUGACGAGUGCACAACAAAUGGACUCACAACAAAGACAAGUGCACAAAGGAUGAUGAAUUGAAGGAUGGAGCAAGUUUCGUGCAUGGUUUACUUUUGUGUAUCUUGUAAUUUUUUGUUUUUCAUUUUUGAAGUAAAAAAUGUUCAAGAUUAUAAUACUUUAUUAUGUU